UCCCGCCUGCCUCCCAGUUGCGUACGCCGCUGUCCUGUCUGGCCGCCCGGUGUCUGCUCCGCGCUCUGCGGCGCUCCCACCCCGAACCCGACAACUCUGCCUCCUCGUUCACCUCCCCGGCUCCCGGACCCCCUCCCCACAUCCACCCGGUGAAUGCACCAGCGCCGCAAACAUGACGGGCAUCGCCGCCGCUUCUUUCUUCUCCAAUUCCUGCAGGUUCGGGGGCUGCGGUCUCCAGUUCGAGUCUCUCGCCGAGCUCAUCGUCCACAUCGAGGAUAAUCACAUUGACACAGAUCCGCGGGUCCUGGAGAAGCAGGAGCAACAGCAGCCCACUUAUCUGGCCCUCAGCUACAUCAACAGGUUCAUGACAGAUGCGGCGCGCCGGGAGCAGGAGACCAUGAAGAAGAAGGCCACACCCAAACUGUCCCUGUCCAUCACUGGCGGAGUGUCCAGGAACAGCACAGCCACGCCUCCUCGCCACACCAGCGGUAACCUGACGCCUCCCGUCACGCCCCCCAUCACUCCCUCUUCCUCCUUUCGCAGCAGCACACCGACAGGCAGUGAGUAUGAUGAGGAGGAGGUAGACUACGAGGAGUCGGACAGCGAUGAGUCGUGGACCACAGAAAGCGCAAUUAGUUCCGAGUCGAUCCUCAGCUCCAUGUGCAUGAACGGGGGAGAGGAGAAACCGUUCGCCUGCCCCGUCCCCGGCUGUAAGAAGAGAUAUAAGAAUGUGAACGGCAUCAAGUACCACGCCAAGAAUGGCCACCGUACGCAGAUCCGCGUGAGGAAACCCUUCAAGUGUCGCUGCGGCAAGAGCUACAAGACCUCGCAGGGCCUGAGACACCACACCAUCAACUUCCACCCACCCGUCUCCACUGAGAUCCUGCGCAAGAUUCAAGGCUAGAGCCUGUGCUCACACCAAUCACUACCCCAAACAUUAGCCCUAUCCUGACUGUCCUCACCCGGCCCCGUUUAUACCCAUCCCCCACACUAAAGGAUCAAGUGCGUGCUUUAAGUUGUUUUCGUUUUCUUUUUUCAUCUUUUUGUUCGUAAAUGUUAUUUUUUUUUCUAUCCAUGUUAUAUCACUUGUAUUUUUGAAAAGAAAAGGUGUAUCUUUGUAGUAUUUUUUAUUGUUGUACAUUUGCACAUUCGUAUAUGCUAUCACGUUACUUUUUCUCUUUUGUUUCAUUUACAUAAGGUGCUAACUGUAAAAAACAGAAAGAAAAGACACAAAAACAAACGUUACGAAAGAAGAGUGGAAACAUAAAAGAAGAUGUGAAACAGGAAGUGCAACCCAGCCCUGCCCCUGUCACCGCUCGUCUCUUGAGUGGGAUGAAGUUGACAUUAGUGCUGAUCUGAGUUCAGACGUCGGCAACACUCCCUUUCCGUUAGAUGCAGUGAGUUGGCUGAGCUCAGAUCUGUGCCUUUGCAGUAACUUCUGGGGGUUUCGGUGCGAGAGCUAAGUUAUACUUUAAAUAGAUAUAUUGAUAUAUAAACAAUAGACAGAUAUGUAUGUGUACAUAAAAAUAUAUAAAAGUAUUCAUGAGCAUAUACAUAAAUAGUUACACUUUAUUUUCAAGCUUUAUUUUAUAUAUUUUUGUCAGUGUUUUUCUUUUUCUUUGUAUCAGUAAGUGUUCCUUUCAUUCCUUAUUUGCUGAGACGGCCAGUUUUGUCACCUCAGAGGUGAAGGUCAAACAGCUGGCUGACUUUGGGUUCAGAGAGUUUCCUCUCACCACACCCUGGAGAUAAGGAGCCAAAACGCCUUUCUGUUUGACACACCCUGAAGCAUAUGCGAUGUUAUUACUGUUGAUCAGGAAGGGGCGCUGAACUAUUGGGACACGGCGCAGGCCAACAAUCCAUAUCUUACACAUUUCACCCCCACAGGAAGCCAUCCAUGUAUUUCAUAUCGCCAGUGUUUCCUCAUUCACGGUGCCAGAGCUGUGUUCAAGAAACUUAGCUGCAAAAGCAGGUUAAGCCCCAUACUGUAUUCCAGCUGCCAAGAUCUUUGUUGUUUUGUUUUUUUCCAUAAUGUUGCCAACAGCUCUCCACUGCCAAACAUUGACCAUACCAUGUGCCU